AUGUCAAAUGUAAAAAGUGUUUCCAGACUGAAAUCGCCUCCAAAACAAGACGAAAUUCCAGCUCUUGGUGGAGUGUACACAGCAACUUGCGGGUAUAAAAUUACGGUUGUUCCGAAUUGUAGUGUCAAUGUGGUAGACAAUAUCAAUAAAAUUACUUUGAAUGCAAGAAGCGUGGCUGGUGGAGCUGUACUGGAUGUUGUCACGUUUGGAGUAAAUUUAAAGAAAGACAUUGAGCAUGGUUCAUCAAGAAAUGCUGUGAGCACAGGAGUAAGUAUCGCUGGUGAGUGGUUUAGGAGCGGCGGUGGGGACAACACUGUGUCCAGGGUUGGCACAAUAGUCGGUGGACCUUUGGGCGGAGUUGUUGGAGGAGUCUCUGCAUCUUUGGCAGCAAAAAAAGCUACUGACGUAAUUGCUGACAGUCUUGACUAUAAUAUAAAAAUCUUGUUUUGUGAAACUUGCAAAAAGCUUUACAAAUGCCGUGUUUAUGCUGAUGAAAUUCGCAAUUUAUGCUACAAUUGUAGAUAA